AGCUUCAGAUCAGUGUCACCUGCUGCAGAGAGAGACACCGACCACCGCUCUGACUCUGAACUCCAUGAUGAAGGGACCAAAGGCGGACAAACAGACUGCAGAAUGGAUCUGAUCUAAGGUAAUUACCACUGAAGAGUAGCGCGAAGUGAUGCUGCAGUAUUGUUGUUUUGGGGUUUUCUCUUUCGAUCAGGAUUUUUCAGUUUUCUAUGGCUUUUAGAGUCGUCAGUGGUUUUUUUGAAAUACUUUUUGUCGCCGAAUAUAACUGGACUUUCUGGGGUAUUUCCACGCGCAUUUAAUAUACUGUAUCAUUGAUUCCUGCUGCGUAAAGUCUUCAUGGCAGAUUUAGAUGAAAAUGUAGCAUAUUGCAUUAGUUGUUCUGAAUGAAAGUUUGGAAAUGUGGCAUAUAUAUAAUGUAUUUAAAGCUGUACAGCAUCAAAAAAUGUUCUGUCUCAUCAACAACUUAAUCUCUGUCUCCCAAAAAAGGAGUUUAGUCUCAGUUCAGUCUGCACAAAAAGAUGGACAGCGUAACAGCUCCCAAAAGUGAAGCCACAGAUACAUACAGGUUUUGAGAGCAAUUUGUGCGUAAGACCAUGUUGCAUAGGUGUGAUUACUGUGAUGACAGUUCAGCAUCUGCUGCUAGGAGAGUUAUAGAGAAAGUUUGAUUUAAGAUGUUAGACGGCUGUCAAAGGAGGUUUCUCCAUCAGGCUAUUCUGGCGUUAUAUAGAUUAUAUAUACUGGGCUGGGUGUUGGUAACAACAACAGUCUGAUCAGGAUUGAAGUGGAGAGAUAAAGAACAACAUUAGCCAUCUGCCACAUAUUUGUGAGUAAGUGCCGUAUAAUAUAAGUUUUCUCCACAGUGCUGGUUACAUCAAUCAAUUAACAGUUACAUUUAACAGUUUAACAUUUAACCAUAACAGUUAUUACAAUCUAGUCCAUCAGAAAAUGUGUUUUUCAUCUUGAUUGAGCCCAUAUCUUACACACCUGGACUGUAAUGAUUACAGACAGUUACGUGCUAACUUGUAGAGCAAUGUUGUAUGUGGGAUCAAUUUAUAUGUAAGCUGGAGAUCAAUUAUAAUAUAAUAACUUUAUUUUCAUUGCACUUUUAAUAACAGAAGUUUACAAAGUGCUUUGACAAACAGUCGUAAAGCACAGAACAUCAGCACAUGGAAAUAAAAACAAAUAAAAAACAAAAGCUCAGUUAAAAACAAGGCCUCUGAACUGAAGGCCAAUUUCAUUUGUCGUAAGAAACCCAGACAAUACAAGAACCCUAAAGCAUAAAAUGAGACCAUGAAGACCAAAAUAAAAACAUAAAAUAGGUAAGAAAAAGAAAUUUAAUAAAAGAGGGGGGUAGAAAGCAGGAAACAGGAUAGUAAAAGGUCGAUACUAAUAAUGAUAAUAAAAUCAUAACAAAAUAUUAAUAAUGGUAAUAGUAAUGAUGUUAACAGUUUAACAUUGGUCAAACUUGAAAAUCUAAAUGUUUUAUUUCUAGUCAUGGGUUCUGUAAUCAAAGCUUGAUUGUAUCAUGAUGAUUUACGUUAAUGUUUUUCUGAAACUAGUUUUUAAAAGUGUGUUAAUGUUUUAAACAGGAUAUAACACCUUGAUUGACGACUCUUUGGACAAUUGCAUGUGACAUGAUAUUUAGGCUACUAAAGUAAUGGAAACUUAACGGACACCAACAAGACAGUCAUGUAUUUUUUGUAACCAUGAAUGUCUAACCAGCGUACAGAGGAUGUACAGACAAGAUGGAUCCUUGCUGUGUUCAGUUUGUGGAAGUGGGAGUACAUCAACACUCCAGCAUAGAGAACCGAUACCCACAAUGUAGAGUGUAGCUCCAAAUGUAUGAUAUUUAUCACUUUUGCACAGUGGGAAGCAGUUGAGGUGUGCUCUGUUAUUCUUCAUAUUAGAUAUUAUCCUCUCUUGGUCCUACAGAUUUCACCUCGAGACAUGGUACUCCCUGAAAAAACCUCCAGAUCAUCUGCUCACAAGAAGAAGGUCCCCCAUCAGUCCACCAAACCUUCUCACCCGGGCCUGCCCUCCCCCGCGCUCUGCUGCGCCUGCGGCCUCUGCAUCAUGCUGGCUGGCAUCAACAUCACCCUAGUGGGAGCUUUUGCCUUCGGCACCUUCAUCCCAACAGGAAACCCCCCCAUCAUCAUCGGCCCUCUUCUUUUACUCAUAGCCCUGGCCUUCUUCAUAGCUUGCUGCGUGGUCAGCAGGAGGCCCCCCACCCACACAGGGGCCCAUAAGGUGAAAGGAGGAGAGAAGUGGGGGCUGAUGCGUAUGGGGACAGCGGCGUUUGAGAUGGAGACGAGUGAGCAUACGCUUCAGGACACAACUGCAGUUCAGCUCAGCCCCACCAACUCCCUCUCCUCCUCUCACAAGUCCUGCUCUAGUCAUGUGGGAGAUGCUGCUCCGCCUUAGGAUGGGUCUGUCAAGGGUGUCACUCGAGAUAACCUCACUUCCUCGCAGUUGCUGCCACUAAAAGCACUUCCCCUCCAUCACAUAAGGUUUUUUCCUUAUCCGUGCCGCUUUAUUCUUUUGUCUUUGCUGUUUUGUGGUUAUUAGGAUGGAAAUGUGUCAAACAAAACAUCAUUGUAGCCUUUUUUUUCUCGGUGUGGUUGUGUUGCUGAAUCUUUAUUGCUCGCUGCCAGCUUCUUGUAGAUUAUUUAGCUGGAACAGAAACAGGAACAGGAGAUGAUACCCUAAUCCAAGUGCCUGUUUGUAUACUGCUCGUUGUAUAAAACAUCCACUUUAGGCAGAUUAUCCUCCAUUCAUGUCCCGUGAAUCCACUGUGGUUAGUGCCUGUCACCUUACACACUGGGAGAAGAAGAUGAGUGUGUCCAGCUGAGCUUCUCUGAGUCAUGAAAGCUGUUCCUGCGUAAGCCUGGUGAAUCUCACACCUUUUUUGAACACUUUGACAGAACUGUGAUGAUGUUUUUUUAAAGCCUGCAGACAGGUCAAGACAAGAAAUUCAGGAACAAAUGAGUGAAUGUACAUUUGAUAUUGUUUUGCAGUUUUGUCAUGUACCUGUAGAUGUAGAUGACCCCAUAAAGCUGAAAUUGUCUGUG